AUGUCACACUCUGAGCAGCUGUACCUGUCCGGCAUGGCCCUCGACAUCCAAGGCGUUCUGGUCCUGAUGUGGGGAGCCACCGUGCCUCUGUCAUACUACUCCUUUCCAAACAGCCCCAGUCUUGUGGCUACUUACCUGUGUGCCAAUACGCUUCUUGCCCUGGCCUGCUCGGCCGCGGCCUGGGGCCUGCCCGUCCUUCAGGGCCCGCACCUCGGGCAUUCUCGCGCGAUUCUGUUUUCGGCAUUCGGCGGAGGAUCCUUUGUGGCCCCCGUAGUGCACGGCAUGCUCCUCGGCGGCGUCGGAGAGCAAGCAGAGCGCGUGGGUCUGAGGUGGAUUGCGGCCACUGCUAUCUGUAAUAGCCUGGGAGCCGGCAUAUACAUGCUCAAGGUAAGGUCGAUUUGGCUCGGGACAACUAUUCCCACGUCUCGCUACGAGCCCGAACACGAAGCUGAUCGGCAUCAACAGUUUCCAGAACGAUGGCAUCCGCGACGUUUUGAUCUUUUCGGAGCCAGUCACCAGAUCAUGCACAUAAUGGUCUUGUUCGCUGCAGCAGCAUAUGCCUUUGCAGUACGGGAGAUGUAUGAGUACUCCCACAGGUGA